AUGCUUGAUGUCAAGGCAGUCUGUCUCAUGAUGUUUUUAAAUAAAAUAGCAGAAGCUGUAAGAUGUGAGAGCUGCUACAACUAUAAUGGACAAGCGUGUAUUUCGAAUGGAGAUUGCUAUGGGAAUUUUUGCCUUUUCGAGCAAAUUCAGCGUCCAAAUGGAGUGGUUUCUGUGCGGAAGUCGUGUUUAAAUUAUGGAGAAUUUCAAUUUGACGAUGGGAUGGUGAUAACAAAUCUCAAUCAGUGCGUCGCUCGACGUUUGAAUACUGGACUAAUCUAUGUGCUCCUUUGUGCCUCGGAGGACAACUGCAAUCGGAACUGCAUCACUACGGCGACAGCGACUUCACAGCCUCCGCACGGAACAGUUUCUUGCUACGACUGCACCACUUACGACGGGACAGAUUGUCAAACAAAUAUGUGCAACGCACGGUAUUGCACGUAUGAAAGAAAGAUUAUGGGUAAUCAAAUGAUAUUGAAGAAAGGUUGCACAGAUGUUCCUUUACUAUUUCUUGACGACGGAACUGCCGUUGACGUAGUUGGCGUCUGUGAAAUCAGGAACACUGUAACGAGCAGCAAUUACGUAAAACUGUGCAACGAUGCAAAUUUCUGCAAUAAUUAUUGCAAUACGGAUGUCACAAUCGAACCGCUGCAACCUACAGUUGAACCACCGCAAAAACAACCGAUGGUCACGUGCUACGAAUGCGAAUCGUUUGGAGCAGACUGCUUCACAGGACAAUGUACUGCUCUGUACUGUCUCUAUCAACGUCAGCGACGUCGUUCAACUGGCACCACUUACGUCAAAAAGUCCUGCACCAACGUCCCCUUCGUAGAGUACCCUGAUAACAGACCUUCCAGUGCCCUGAAUACAUGCGAGUAUCGAACAAUCGACGAUAUACAGUAUGAAGUAAAGGUGUGUAAUACUGGUAACAACUGCAACAUUGGCUGUCCCGCUCAAGAUGCAGAGCAAGUGAUCAGCUGCUACCAGUGCGAAGCAACAAAUCAAGCUGACUGCACUUCUGGAUCUUGCCAGGGACGAUAUUGCUUGUUCCUAAGAACGCAAACGUCACUUGGCGUGACAAUAAAGAAAUCUUGUUCAAAUACAAAUGAACUGUUAUACCCAGACGGAGGACGAUACGCCUCUUUUGGCAUUUGCGAAUAUAGACAAAUUAACUCGGUUAACUACGAUUACAAGCUGUGCAAUAGUUCGUCGUUCUGCAAUACCCCAUGCCCAGCCGGACCGUUUGUGACUACGACAUUUGCACCAUCUUCCUCAGCGUACUAUGCAUCCUAUUUGAUGUCUACACUUACAAUUCUUAUGAGCUUAUUAGUUCAGUAA